GGUAUCAUCAGCACCAUGUCAGACAAACCAGCUCCACCUGCAGAGGAGGCGGCCCCAGCGGAGGCUGCGCCAGCCGAAGUUCCCGCAGAGGCCCCCGCGGAAGCAGCUCCUGAAGCAGAGGCUGCCCCCGCCGCGCCCGCAGAGGAGGCUCCCGCAGCGGAAGCCGCUGCCGCGCCUGCAGAGGAAGGAGCUGCUCCAGCUGCUGACGCUCCCGCAGAUGCUGCUCCAGCUGAACCUGCCCCUGUAGAAGAGCCACCCAAGGCCCCCACACCACCACCUCCUGCAGAACCCACCAGUGCUCCUCUGAACGUGGCUGUGGAGGAUGUGAACGACACCAGUCUCACCAUCAAAUGGAGAAGUCCAGAGGUCCUUGGAGACUCUGGUCUGGAUGGAUAUACCAUUGAGUACUGCAAAGAUGGAGCCACUGAAUGGGUCGUGGCCAACGCAGAACUCACUGUGGCAAACCGCCUCGUGCUCAAGGAUCUGACAACCGGUGACCUGCUGAACGUGCGCGUGGUGGCCGUUAAUGCCGGUGGCCGCAGUGAGGCCGCCGCCCUGGUCGAGCCUGUGCACAUCCGGGAGGUUGUCGAUCGCCCCAAGAUCCGCAUGCCCCGCUUCCUCAGGACUCGCCUUGUCAAGCAUCUCGGAGAGAAGAUCAACCUGCUUAUUCCCUACAAUGGCAAGCCCAAGCCUGUGGUCACCUGGACCAAGAACGGCGAGCCUUUGGAUUCAAAGAGGGCUAACGUUCGCAACAGCGAUAAGGACAGCAUCCUGUUCAUCCGCACCUCUCAGAGGGACGACUCAGGCGUCUACGAGAUGAACGUCAAGGUCGACAGCUUUGAGGACAAGUCCAGUUUUGUCAUCCAGAUUGUGGAGCUGCCAGGGCCUCCUGCCAGUGUGAAGCUGGUGGAUACCUGGGGCUUCAACGCAGAAUGGACCCCUCCCGUUGACAGCGGUAACACAGAGGUCACCGGGUACACCAUCCAGAAGGCUGACAAGAAGACCGGGGACUGGUUCACUGUGCUGGAGCACUACCACAGGCUAAACGCCACCAUCUCUGACCUCAUCAUGGGAAAUUCCUACGUCUUCCGUGUCUAUACGGAGAACAAGGUUGGGAUGAGCGAGGAGGCAGCCGUCACCACAGAGUCCGCUACCAUCCAGAAGAUAGGCAUCAGCUACAAGCCACCAGAGUACAAGGAGCAUGACUUCAGCGAGGCUCCCAAGUUCACCGCCUCCCUCAACGACCGUGCUGCCACCGUGGGAUACACCACCAAGCUGCUGUGUGCCGUGCGUGGAAGCCCCAUGCCCAAGGUCAUGUGGAUGAAGAACCAGAUUCCCAUCGGUGAAGACCCCAAGUACCGUCAGAUCUCCAACCAGGGCGUGUGCUCCCUGGAGAUCCGCAAGACCGGCAACUAUGAUGGGGGCGUGUACACCUGCAAGGCCAAAAACGCCCACGGAGAGGCAGUGGUAGCCUGCAAGCUAGAGGUCAAACAGGUCAUUGUUGCAGACGCUGAUAAGGAGAAGGAGGAGGAGUAAAACAAAACCAAUACACACACAGUGCCUUAGCAGGACCAGUGGGAGUCUGGACCUUAGGUUUCAAAUAUUGUUGAUGGAGUUGAGCAAGACAGACGAUUGGCUGCACUGCAGCAUGUACAUAAGAAGAAGGAGGAGAGGACAUCACCCCCCCCCCCCCCCCCACACACACACACACACACACACACACACUCCCCUCCCAGCUCCACCCCUGUGUACCCACCCUAUGAGGACUGCAGGAAAACCCCCAUCCCAGAUGUUCUUAUUUGUUAAACCCAAACCAACCUGUCGAAGUAACGCCAAAGAAUACACCUGGAAACACAUUGGAUGUAUGCUUAGUUGUGCAGGCUAGCGUCGAGGGAGUCACUGUUAUCCAGCGCUAUUUAUUUCUGCUGCCUUGUGUCUGUCUGCUGUUUAUUUUCACCCGUGUGUUUGCUCAAUAAAAGGGUGAACCCACAGACCUGUGAGUGUGAAUGUGCUGUGCAUGAAUAUGCAUUAAAGUGUAUUUUUUGAGACAGA